AUGAAGUCUAGGUCCGCUGUUUACUUCCCAAUUUCGCGACUGGUUACCUUUAUCGGCCCUCGAGGUCCGAAACAAGGCAACAAUACUGUAUACUGGUCAACAGAUCCUGGACCGAAACAUGUGGUUCAAAUUCGGGAUGACGUUGAUGAUUUGCGUCUUGGCGGGAACUUUGCGUCUGUUCAAUGGGAUUACGAAGAUAGUAUUCGAAUGCACUCCUUCAAGCCGACUGGGAUGUUUGACUCGUCUCCAGAACAUCUGCUCAGGUCGUAA